CUGAUAUACAUACGCGUGUACGUAUAUCUCGAUAUAAAUACAUAUGUAUAUAUGUAAUAUAUAUGCUUGUACAUACUAAUAUAUAUACGCAUCUCUAUAUACACACGUACUAUACUUAUAUACACUGAUAUACAUACGCGUGUACGUACAUCGAUCUAUAUAUAUACAUGUAAUACUGCAUAUCAAGACCAUGCUAUCAGAAGCAGUAUCUCGACCAUUUGCGGGUACAUUCCACCUUGUAGAGUGAGCUCUAAACUCUGAUUUGUUGUUCAAUAGCUGCUCGCUGUGCAAAAAAAUCACAACGUGAUAUGUAGUACACCGCAUAUCUACGGAAUAUCUGUACAUAAGUCACAGAGAACCUCACAGACAACCCGAUAAAAAGAAUACAUAUUCGCAGUCAUGCCGUCUGAGUCCUGGAAGGAAGGUCUCACCUCCGGUGUCCUCAAUAAGAUACGUGAUCUUGAGACCAAUGUGGAACGUCUAGGCAAAGAGGUGAAACAGAAACAGUUCAACUUCGAAAGCGUGGAGAUGGAGAAGGCGAGUCUACAACUUAAAGUCAACGACUACUGCGCACAGCUGAAGAAGUCAGAAGGCGAGGCCAGGGCUUCCUCCUCCAAAUUGGCUCAGCUAGAGCAGACCCACGAUCAACUCAAACGGGACUUGAGCGCAAAAGAAGCCCAGCGGUCUUGCCUCAACGACCGCUUCGACGCCACCAACGAGAAGAACAAGAAACUGGGCAAGGAGAUCACAAAAUUUGAACACACAAUCGAUGACCUACAGACCAAACUCGCCAAAAGCACGUGUGAAAUCAAUAACUUGAGAGACAGUGGUGAGAAACUACGCCAGGAGAAGAAGGAUGGCACCCAAACACUGCAGGAGAUGAUGAUGAAGUUCGAGGUGGCCGAGAAGGAUGUAUUGAAGUGGAAGAGUGAUACAGAAUCAUCUCGUGUACAGCUGAAAGAUGUACAAAAGAAAGCCAAAAGCGAUAUCGAUGAGGCCACAUCCGCUUUGGCAAAAGAAACGGAGAGAUGUCGGGGACUAGAGAGAGAACUAGAACAGCGUGUAUCAUCCAGUGUCGACACCGCUAAGUUGCACGAGCAGAUCACCACAAAGGACAAUGAGCUCAAAGCCCUAGUGUCUGCCUUGGACAUGGCACGGCGUGAUGCUGAAGGCACCCAACAAGCGCAUCUGCAGCAGGCACAAACAAUAGAAACGCUGCAGAGUGAAUGCAAGACCAUGACAGAUGCUAGUGAGAGUGUGCGUCGUGAGCACCAAGAGGCCUUGCUUAAGGUUGAGCAGGAGAAGGCCGUGAUGGCCGCUACUAUAGAGAAGAUGGAAAAGGAAAGGGCGCUGAAAGAAGCGGAGAAACCUGAUAGAGAUGCUGUCAGUCAGCAGGCGCUCAAGCUGGACGCUGCCACCGCUGAGCUCGAGGUUUUCCGUAAAAAAUGUUCGGAUAUAUCUUUGGAGCUUUUACGCGCCCAAUCAGCUCUCCAGGCGGCAGAGGAAACUCGCAAUACACAGCAGACCGCUUUGGAGCAACGGUCGGCCGUGAUUGCAGCGCUGGAGGCCGAGCUGAAGGCUGCCACCGACAAGCAAGUACAAUUAGACGCCGCUGACGCAGUACGACAAGAGGGAGAAGCCAAGAAAAUCUCCGCAGAUGCUGAGAAGGCUCUGGCUGGGAUGCGAACGGAGAGGGACGCGGCUAUGGAACGUUUAGACACCUCUCAGCGCGAGAUGAUACAGGUUGAGCAGCAACUGGCUGUGCUCAGUGCUGCCGUGGCUAACACAGAAGUAAUAUCACAUCAGCUACGAGACAGUAUGGUCGCGGCCACAGAGGCAGAGGCUGUAGCUACAAAGCUGCUGGAUGCAGAGCUUGUCAAGACUAAAGCGUUGCAGGAAAGGGUUGCGAAUUCGGAGACGGAUGUUGAUUCCCUUAAAGAGUGCUUGGAGGGCGAAGCGGCUGAGUGCGAGCGACUACAAACACAGCUUAAACAAUCGCGGGUUGAGCUGGAUUGUAGAAGUAGUGUGCACUUGGAAACGUCACAAGGAGAGUCGAAGGACUACCAAAAAAAGUUAGAAGCAUUGCUGUCGGACCGUGACAGCCGAAUAGACACGGAUAGCCAAUUGGAACACCAAUCAACAGUGGCGCGUAAGGAAGCCGCUACUUACAAAGAGCAACUAGACACUCUCACAGCCAAGUACGAGCAACAGGAAUUGCGCUACCUGGCCCUCAUCACCACAGCUAAGAAUAUGGAACGUGCCAAUGGUGUACUUAAGGCUAAACUGUCGGCUAUGAAGAAGAAGUCCCGAGCCGACCCCAUACAAACUGGUUCACAAACCUCGGAUAAAACUCAGGAAACACCAGACCGGAAUCAAGAAAAUCGGGGCAGCUCGGCUUCAAAUCAGAGCAAUCAGGACAGAUCACGCAGGACCAAGGAAGGGGGGGGCUAUAUCCACGGAAAACAGUCGUGGUGAGGUGACUAACGAUGAGAAUUGCCCGGCGGUAUUGGCUGCGCAAAUCCACAGCAGACCAAAUGCACUUACACAAGGUACUGUACUUGGUCAGACUGGAAGUAGUGAUCGGAAUAAUGUAAAUGUAAUGGAGCUAUUGGUCACAGUUAUUAAACCGGUCGCAGCACGUGCAAUGCGCUUUGUAUAAGAUUUAUUAAACCUUGACCACUCGAAUGAGUACCGUGGGUUAUGAGCAACUUGGGUAUCUGUAUGUGUUAUAUCUCUGUACAAACCCUUGAGUUCUAUCUCUAACUGUGCAUAUCCCCGUGACGUCAUGCUGAAACCUCUACCCUAAUUUACGGAUGUGCAGAUGAGAACGCGAUAUCUGGGUGCGUCCCCAAAAGACCUUUCACAGCGCUGCAACCAACUCCGCAACCGACAAGUGACUCUAAACGACCGCGCCCAGCCACCGGGCGGAAGCCCUUUGGAGAGCUGUCAUCGUAGGCACCACGCUGGUAGCAAUAAUCCGGCGUGUGAAAAUCGCCGUACUCGUGUCUACAUGGUCUCUUGUGCGUGGUAUAGUGGUAUAUUGGUAUAGCGGGUGCUGUCCUGAUACGUGACCGAUCAUAUAGCCGCUAUCAGACUAACUGGCUCUUUCCGAGCUCCUGAGAAGUGCCUAUCUAGAGGUCAGUGUGUGAUCCUGGCUAAGUAUACUUCUUGGGCUUACGCGCACAUUUGCGCGAUGAUAAUUUCCAAAAUCUGCAAUGCUGAUAUACUUAGGUCACUAUAUGGACAAGAACUGACUUUUGCUCUGGCCGCCGGAGGCCAGGAACCAUGAAUGUCCGACGCACAAAAAUACAGUACCAAACUUGUCCCAUCUGAAAAAAAAUUGUUUUCAGUGGUAGGUCUAUCUGAUGCAAUAUAUGUCGAUUAACACCUAAUAGUAACGUUGACCUGCUGCACAACCGGAUGCAUGCAUGGGCUUCUUCUUCCCUCCGCUUGAGGGGGCUUAACCCGAGUCCCUUUGUACACCCACAGUGCUCAUGUGAACUAGUACUUACAUCGAUGCACAUCAAAUAGGCAUGACGUUCGGAAUGUGUGCACCAUUCUCUACCAAGGUUGCACUCCACUCGACCCCUCGAUCAGUCCGAUUAGCCGAGCAUCAGAACGUAAUUGUGGUAGAGCAAAAGCAUCACAGUCGUAGCCGAGAGUGAUACAAAGUCACGGCAAGUAUCAUACUGAGGCGCACUGCGAGAUGACACCUGAUCGUCGAAUCAGAGAUAUGCACCGAAGGGGUGUGUAUAGGCUGACGAUGCAAUAGGUUUUGGCUAUGCAUGGACACCGGUCAGUUUUGUGGAUGGUUGCUGAUAUACACAAUUAAGCUGAUGGGAUUGAAGACCCACGAAACUUAGCGAACUAAAAAUGCGUUGCACAACGCAUUGACUAUAUAAAGCUAUAUAAAGCUCGUUCCAUCACAAGUAGUCUAGUCCGGGUACGAGUAUGACCAUUUGAUAUAAAUUUCUUUUCAUUAUUUUUUUGUUUAUGCAGUAGCUAUCCGCAAUUGUGCCUCGAGCACAGGUGUAUUGAGAUAUGUGUAUGAUCCCUGCAGUUGGCGCAUUGUCUUUGAUCGUCUUGAUUGAAUUUCAGAUCGGCGGAAAUAGAAGAAAGGGUAGAAUCCACCUGGUCGUGCGCCUUAAUUGUUAGCGGACUCUAUGGCCUCUUUUUUUGUGUAUCUAUGCUAUCUACUAUUGUUUGCCAUGUACAAAUCGUAAUUUCUCCCCUCACCACACACCGGUCAUCUUGAAGCGGUUCACCGAAUUUCCAAAUAUCUUCUUGUAUAAGUUCAUAUCUAAUCCGUGCACUUCGGUGACGUCGGCCUCAUCAACAAUCGCCACAGCUGUGGAGGCCUGGUUGAUAGUCAGCGUAACAUCGAAGUCAUUCUCUGACAGUAUAUCUACUGACAUGAGGUUUCCCAGUGUGUCGAAUUGGAUAUAAGCCUUCAUAUCCGCGUUAUCUUGCGACAUGCGCUUCCUGUAUAGGUCGGCUAGAUCGUCCAUCUUCCUUGACACAAUUGGCAUUUUGUUGACGUACUGCAAUAGAUCCUCAAUUGCCAGUUGCAUCCACUGCCCAACUAAAGGUGCUUGUCCACCUCGGAACUCGUUAGCCUUCACAUUCGCCUGAUGAAACAUGUAUGGAUCGUGCCUAUACUGUAGUAGGGGUACCGUAGCUGUCUUAGCCUCGCGUUCUAGGAUGGCAUCACCUGUCAUAUUCUUACCAGGGCAACUGGGACCGUACGUUACAAAGCUACACGCACCGUAAUCGUCAUAGUAGUGCGUCAAGCACGCCUUGGAGUUGCAACUGAACGCGAUGUUGGGCGAGUAUCUGGGCAUGAUAAGCAAAUCCGCGACGCCAUAUUGCUUGGCAGUAGUGAUCAUACCAUGAUAGGGAUUUUUGGCGCUCAAUUCUGGUCUGGAGUUGUCUCCGGUAACAGCGUAAAUUUCAUUCGCCUUAAAAGCCUUAUGCAGCAACUCGUUUUUGUUGUAAGCCUUACGUCCGGCAGGAGGGGUGCUAUCAUAGCUUGCAGGCCAAAGCCCAGAUAUCUCUGGAGUUACCAAUGAGUUUCGCGAGAAAGUCGUAUUCAUCGGCAUGAUUCCCGCCGGGGUCAUCUCAUUUCCCUCCCACACUGGCACGAGGCUGCCAUAAUUGUCCACCUCGAGACCCUCAGCAACACGUAUAUUGUAGCUUAACUCUGCUGUGUAACGGUCUGCAUCGGGAUUGCAUUCCUUCUCUAGAUUAUUACACUCUACUGCUUCUAACCAGUCCAGAUUCUGGUGCGUCCAAGUGUGCGAUACCCAGUUGAACUCGUCUACGUGCUGCUUGGAGGCAUUGAUCAGAUUAUCGCUCUCGUCAAUACCGAACAUCUUUAUGCCACCUCCAUUGAAUGCUGGUUCCAGAGUUACCAUACUACCUGCAGGUAGUAUGCUCUUCAAUUGUUCUUUCCACUGUACUGCAAUCUCAACGUCCUCGCCUGAGAUGCGGAAAAUCUCUUCGGUGUCGAGUAGUUGGGUGUUAAUAAACCAAUCGUCGAUAUGUAUCCCCAGUGAUAUUCUUCGCUGCCCCAGGUAUAGACCUCUCGUUACCCAAUUAAACCAAACAUUACCAAGAGCCAAGUUGAAGUGUGUGAAGGUCGUUGGCAUGACGUAACUCGGUCUCAAAUCCUCGUCGAUAGCCGCGGUAUUCGCACUGAAUCUGAAAUGCAUCUCUUCUGUGCCUGCGACAGUCUUGCUUAUGAAUGCAGCAGGUUUACCAGUGGAGACAGGCCCUUUUGCCUCGGCUGAACGGCGUGCACUACCUCUUGCAGGAUUAGCGUCAGUGAGCACCAAAAGUUCAUCCUCGGCUGGAACAGAGUCGACUUUAAUCACGGCGACUGGUUCAGAUGCCCCAGCUAUCGGUGUGUCAUUAAUAUAACGCAUGAAUGUGAUAAUUUCACUUCCUUCUAAUGCAGAUAUUGACUGAGCCUGUAGUUCAUCCACAGCCCAUACCCCAUUGAUGUUCAUCACGUCUGCAAUGUCGGCGGUGACAGGGCUAGCAUCAAAGGCUACAUGUGUUGCCUUUGUCUCAUCAGCUGCUACUCUCAGAUGACUGGUGUCGAUAUCGCUAGGUGUUGAAUGUAACACAACCAUACGAAUUCCGUACUCACUCGCGUAAGCUCGUACUUCUUCAAUGUGGGGAAACCACGUAUCUGUCACAACAAUAGCAUGCCAGUGUGGCACUAGUAGAUCAGGUACUUCGUUGAUGUACAUAUCGUAUGUUGUGCCAUACCCUUGCAACACACUGAGAGGCAAUCGAGACGAAUACUCGUCAGACGCCAAUAAUAGUGUCGACAUGCCAAUAACCUGGCCCAAGGGUCUGUCAUCUGAGCCAGUCUGAGAUUCUAGGUUGACUAAACGAGAGUCCAAUCGUGGAUCGGGACUCGCCGGUGAAGGCUGUGCGUGUACACAUGCCACUAAAGCACACAAUGUUACUGCGAAUGAUGAUAACGCCACCAUAUUCUACUUAUCUGCUGUAUAACCUCUUUACUAAACUCGCAAUUGUCAAACUAUGUGUGAACGAAAUUUUUUGUAUACCCAAUACCAAAAGUUUGUAUACUCAAUAUUUCACAG